AUGCAAACGGCGGGUAUCGCAAAUCGACAGACCUUCCAGAAGGACCCUAUGAUAUUUUCAUCGUUCCGCCUCAUUCUUGCUCAAAGUGGUGGUUCGGGUGUCUUUUUGGUUGUUAUAGUGGUUGGAGUUGCUAGCUGGGCUUGGGGAAGGUCACAAACAGGUUCCAGCAGCACGCCGCCCCCGCCUCCGCCGCGUGGUGCUCCUCGACCGCCGCCCACUGGUGGAGGAACGGGUCACGGAGGCCCGCAGCACGAACCGCCUCCCUCAUCAGGCCCCAAUCAUAACUCCGGGGAAGGCCCUCACUAUCAAAAUUUCAAUGGGCAGUACUCAGGAGGUUAUGGAAAUGGUCCGAGCCCAGGUGGACAAUACAAUGGCGGCCCAUUCCCUGGUAGCCAGUAUCCUGGAGGCCAUCGUUAUACACAAGGAGAAGGAACCUCUGGGGAUGGCGGGUCGGCCCCGCCGCCUCAAUCUCCUCCAGACCCACCACCAACUACGCCACCCAAGCCAUCUGAAAAUGACACUCCCAAGCCGAAAGACACAGACUGGGAAAAGGCGAGGGAGGAAACAAAACGAAAAGAAGACAUAAGAAGGAAGAUGGAGGAGUUCCGGAAGAAGAGAGAGGAGGAAGAAAAGGAAAAACAAAGACAACGGGAGAAGGAGGCGCGAGAACGAGAAUUCCGUGAGAGGAAGGAAAAGAGAGAAAAGGAGCGACUUGCUAAAGAGGCCGAGGAAAAGGAGGCUGCAGACAAAGCCGCUAAAGAGAAAGCUAGGGCGGAAGCUGCUGCUCGGUUCGCCGCUGCUCGUGAAGCCGUGGCCGCAAAGAGAGCUGCAGACAAGGCAGCUGCGGAAAAACUUGCAGCGGAGAAGCUCGCAGAAGCGAAAUUAAUGGCGGAGAAGUCGGCAGCAGAAAAAUUAGCGGCGGAAAAACUGGCCGCAGAGAAACGUGCAGAGUCGGUUAAGCAAGCGCCAUCUGUCAACAACCCCCCAAGAACGCCUUCCCCGCAGAAAAAACCUCCUUUUCCAUCUGCGAAAACAGAACUUGAGGAUGAUGCGUAUUCAUUUCGUCCCUAUGAUCGACCCAGGAAACAGCCGUCUGCACCCUCCGUAUUCUCUGAAUCAUCGUAUGCACCGUCCCAAUCGACUGCACGAACAACUCCACCACCCUCUCGACGCGGACCGUAUUCCACAAAGGAUCCCGAUAAGAUCAUUAUAUAUGGCGUGUAUGUAUUCAACAACACUUUUAUGAGGACACCCGUUGCACAGCUGGUGUCGGGGAAGGGGCAUGUAACCGAUGGUUUGAUACUACGCAUCACUACGGAAGGAAUGUUUGUAGAUGAUGACAUUAGAGGUGUAGCCCAACGCGAAUGGGACGUCAAAGCAUGGACAAUGAAGCUUGUUGAGGUAUGGUGCCCCCAGCUCGGUGCGAACCCUUCUUCCAUCCGCCCAAGCCAGGUGAAGACCAAUCCUUUCCGGCUCAGCACGUCAUAUGCGCACAAGGUUCCCAGCAGUGAGGAAUCUGAUGCGUAUUUGGCAAACCUGCACAGGUUCUGCAAAAAUCAGUGCCGGCUAGGAGCUGCGUCUUCCGGACUAGGGUCUCGCAGUGGCAAUAGUAAUGGCAGUAUCAUUGAUAAUGGAGACAUUCUGCAGAGCGCGGAGUUGCGUGGCUUCCACGUCGUUCGUGCAAGCAUCAGAGACCAGGAAGGCAAGAAAUAUGUCUUUGUCUUGCAAGAGGCCGAGGCUUGGAAAGUAGCCGUCGGGCUGCAGCGGUUGAAGAAAGGGAGUCAAGUUAGGGCACUGGGUGUGUGCGGCUUGCCUGCCAACGAAACCAACGCUGUUCUUGAGAGCCUGGGGUUAUGCGUGCACGCAUGUGCUAACUGUUGGCCAAUUUGGUCUGGAUAUUCUGCAACCAUCUAUGUCCAAUUAUUCCACCAUCACGAAACCGCUGUGGAUGAUUCGAUCCUGCUGCGUAACCCUGCGAAUGUAUUAAUUAUUUCGAUGAAUGAUAGCCAAGUCGGCACUCUCAUUCGGCUAGCGGCGCCAGGACGCAAAGCCCGGGUUUUUCUGCAGCAUUUCAGCCACAAAAACCCAAAAAUGAACACAAACCAGCUCAUCUUCGAAGACUGUGAUCGAGUACGAUUGGAACUUAGCAUCCAACCGCUGAACACAUGAAUCGAUACACAGCUUCUGGCAAUUAACCUGCUGC